GCAAUACUAUUUGUGCGGUCAACCAAAUCGCAUAUAUUAGCGGUUUGGAGCGAUUUGGACUGCAUCGCAUGUUUGACCGCAAUUUAUUAUGAAUUAUACAUUGAAUAAAUAAAAUUACUACCGCCGAACGGAGAGUAUCCUCUCAUUUCCUACAAGCACACAUUGCCUCUUCCCUUCGACAUUUCCCGGUCCUUGCGUCAUCUCCUUUUUUCUCUGGAAAUUUUGUUGCCUUUCAAAGUCAAAUUCAUCAUCUCUUGGAAAUUAUAUUUGAUUAAGUUAAUGGCGGAAGGGUCAAAAGCUCGUUCAGUUCGCUAGCCAAAGUGCAACAAUCUCCUCGCCGAGCUACCCAAAUUUCUCCAUCUAUCAGUGUAGUAGAUGCACUGUUGUUCUUCGAGGUAUUUAAUUGCAUACUCUGUUUCUCGCACCUCUGUUUUAGUUUGUUCUGUUUGGUUCCCGAGAAUUCAAAGUAUAAAAUGUUUCCAAUAAUUCAAUUUGUUAUUUAUUUACCUUUGGCUGGGAUUCUGGGAAGAUGAAGAAGUAGGCGGCAGCAGCAGCUGGUUGUGUAUUAGUUGAUGGAAUAUGAAUCCGGAAGUGACGAUGGAGUAAUAUGUUUGUCGGUGUUUAUUUGCGGUUUGCGGUUUAAUCCAACUGCAAAUCGUGAGCCGCUAAAAAAAUAGACCGCAAGUCUCGCAGUGUGCUUUGGCUCGACAGUAAAAACAAUUUUGCGACUGAAACGGUUUGACCGCACCAAUGGCCACUCCUAUCAUCCACCCUCUAGCCAGCCAAUAUUGUGCUUCACUAUCAUAUUGAAUUGGGUUGGUUAAAACUUAGCACCUUAAAACUAUGCACAACCUGCUACCUAGCUCCCAGUUUCUAUCAUUCUUCUUUCAGGAGAAGUAAACCAAAGAUAGUUUGCAUUCUAUCAUUGCGUCUCUCUCUCUCUUUCUCAUUGCCCUCUAGCUGUGUAUAUGAGCAUGCUCCAGUGAGGCUGUGGAAGACCGCUAAGGCACUUCUUAGAUAACAACAAAACUAAUUUGAUAUGGAAACUUCCAGAUACGCCCGCCACGGUCCAACAGUAGUAGUAGCCGCCAUGAUCGCCGCUUCUCUUCUACUCAUCAUCAUCGACCCCCGAUUCACACAGCACCGAGUUCCAACUCCCUCGGCACGAGACAGGAUCGUCCCUCUCCAACCCUCGCUCGUUUCUUCUUCUUCUUCUUCUUCUUCUUCGGAUCAACCAUCCUGCGCCAGCAGGCAACAACUACCGCAAUGGAGGAGCUCCUCAUCCUCAAACUCAAGCAACAAAUCCCCUCCAUCUCCCUACCUCCUUUCCAGGAUCCGAGACUACGAGCAGCGUCACAAGCGCUGCGAUCCCCACUCCGAAUCCUUCCUACGAAACUCUCAGGAACUCGUCAGGGUCAACAAUUCCCCUGACGCCCUGCUGACAAGAAGCGAAGACCUAGCGUCCGAUUGCAGAUACAUCGUAUGGGUGCCGGUCAACGGACUGGGGAACAGAAUGCUGAGCCUGGCCUCGUCUUUCGUCUACGCUCUCCUCACCGAUCGAGUCCUCCUCGUCGAUUUCGACGAUUCCAUGUCCGGUCUCUUCUGCGAGCCGUUCCCCGAUGCCGCGACCUGGCUCCUCCCAGGCGACUUCACUUUCAAGGGCCGGUCCAACAGUGAAAAAUUCAAGAGAGUUUACAGCCUGGGGAAUUUGUUGGAGAAGAGCGAGAAGAAGCAUGAUGAGGAAAUUUCUGUACAAGCUACCGCGCUCCUCUACCUUUACCUCUCCGGAGACAACAAUUACGACAUGCUUUUCUACAGAGACGAAACUCAGAAGCUCCUGACGAAUGUCCCCUGGCUGGUCUUGAGAUCGGACCAGCACUUCGUCCCUUACUUCUUCGUGAUGCCCGGCUUCAGGACGGAACUGGACCGACUGUUUCCCGACAAGGAGGCGGUUUUUCAGCACGUGGGGAGAUACCUGUUUAGCCCGACGAAUCGUGUCUGGGGUCGCGUCGCCAGAUUCUACGACACUUACCUGGCGAAGGCGGAGCAGAGGAUCGGGCUCCAGGUCAGGGUAUUCUACCCUGACAAAACCCCUGCUUCCCUCAUGCUGCCGCACAUCCUGAGAUGCAUGCAGGUGGUGUCGGGAAUCCUGCCGCGAUUACAGCAAAACGAAACCAAUACUACUUCCUACGCUACAAGAAGCAGGACUCUGAAAGCGGUUCUUGUGGCAUCGCUCCUGGGGGAGUUCUACACGGAACUGAAGGACAUGUACUGGAUGAGGCCGGCGGCUGACGACGGGGAGGGAGGAGGAGGAGCGGCGGUUGGGGUUUAUCAAACGAGCCACGAAGGAUGGCAAGAGACUGACAACGGCGCCCACAAUGUGAAGGCGCUUGUGGAUAUAUAUCUGCUGAGCAUGUGCGACGUGCUUGUGACGAGCCAUUUCUCGACGUUUGGGUACGUGGCGCAUAGUCUGGCUGGGUUGAGGCCCUGGUAUUUGCAGAAUCCUGGCGACUAUGAGGCGAAGCGGAAUGAGCCAGCUUGCGUGCGUGCGGUUUCGCCGGAGCCGUGUUUUCAUUUCCAUCCUUAUUAUGAUACCAAUAGUGCAAAUCAUGGCGACGCGGCAGGAGGUGGCCCUGCUCCUGUAAUUAUGAAUUGUGAAGAUUACGAAUGGGGAUUCAAGCUUGCGAAUCUCAAGUAUUGAAGGGCGAAUGAGGCUGGCUGGUGAACCAAUUGCACAUUUAAUUUCAAAUUGUCGCAUUUUUUAAUUAUUAAUUCGCAAUCUGUCAAUUUCCGCGUCCUGUUUCUUGCACUCGUUACAUUAUAGGGUCAACUCGUAACCCAAUUGACCCGCAACCCGCCCGACCCGCUACCCGACUGACCCACAAUCCGACUGACCCGCAAUUCAAUUGACCCGAAACCCGAUUAAACUCGCAACCCAAUUACCCCAACCUGAUUGACCCGAACCCGACUAACCUAUGACCGACCGACUAAAUCUGAACUCCACCCAAUCCACUUGAAUAAUUAUUAUAUUAUAUAAUACAUAGUUUUUCAAAAUAAAGUUUUUCAUUUUAA